AUUUCGGGAACUGUAGUUUCUGGAGGGAAAUAGCGUCCUGACUUCCUUGGCGUGGGUCUGUGCAUGGUGAGGAGAUGAACGGGAAGCGCCCCGCCGAUCCGGGCCCCGCGCGGCCGAUGAAGAAGGGAAAGAAGCAGGUAGCGGCGGAAUUUUCGGACGCUGUCACGGAAGAAACAGUGAGGAAGCAGGUGGCUGAGGCCUGGAGCCGCCGGACACCAUUCAGCCAUGAAGCUAUUGUCUUGGACAUGGAUCCUUUUCUUCACUGUGUAAUCCCCAACUUCAUCCAAAGCCAAGACUUCCUGGAAGGACUUCAGAUGGAACUUUUGAGCCUGGACUUCCAUGAAAAGUACAAUGAUUUAUAUAAGUUCCAGCAGUCUGAUGAUUUGAAGAAGAGAAAAGAGCCUCACAUCUCAGCUUUAAGGAAACUUAUGUUUGAAGAUUUUCGGGACUGGCUUUCUAAGGUUUCCAGCAUUGACCUAGAACCAACCAUUGACAUGUCCUGUGCUAAAUACGAGUUCACUGAUGCUCUGCUCUGCCAUGACGAUGAGCUGGAGGGGCGCAGGAUCGCCUUCAUUCUGUACCUGGUUCCUUCCUGGGACAGGAGCUUGGGGGGCACCCUGGACCUUUACGACACUGAUGAACACUUUCAGCCAAAGCAGAUUGUCAAGUCUCUUAUCCCUUCGUGGAACAAACUGGUUUUCUUUGAAGUAUCUCCGGUAUCCUUCCACCAGGUGUCUGAAGUUCUGUCUGAAGAAACAUCCCGUUUAUCUAUAAGUGGCUGGUUUCAUGGUCCUUCAUUAGCCAGGCCUCCCACCUACUUUGAGCCCCCAAUUCCUCGACACCCUCACAUCCCACAAGACCAUGAGAUUUUAUAUGAGUGGAUCAACCCUGCUUAUCUGGAGAUGGAUUAUCAAAUGCAAAUUCAAGAAGAAUUUGAGGAAAGGUCUGAAAUUCUCCUGAAGGAGUUUCUUAAGCCUGAGAAAUUUGCAAAGGUCUGUGAAGCCUUGGAGAAAGGAGGUGUGGAAUGGAAUAGCCGUGGUCCCCCCAACAAAAGGUUCUAUGAGAAAGCGGAAGAAAGCAGUCUCCCCGAUAUACUGAAGGAGUGCAUGGGCUUCUUCCGCUCCGAGGCACUGUUCUUGCUGCUCUCCAACUUCACCGGCCUGAAACUCCACUUCCUGGCCCCGUCAGAAGAUGAUGAGAUUGAGGACAAAGGAGAGGGAGAAGCAGCCUGUGCUGCUGAUGGCACUGAAGAAGGGACUAGCCAAAGCCCCUCAGGGCCCGAGGAUAAACAGGCAGCUAUGGGCAGCCCCAGUCAGGAGAGUGGUGAACAGACAGACCUGGAACCACAGGAAGAUGAAGCAAAGAAAGAAUCAGGUGUGCCCAUGUGCCAGGGGGAGCUGAGGCACUGGAAGACCGGUCACUACACUUUAGUCCACGACAACAGCAAGACUGAAUUUGCCUUGGACCUCUUUCUCUACUGUGGCUGUGAAGGCUGGGAGCCAGAGUAUGGCGGCUUUACUUCCUACAUCGCCAAAGGUGAAGAUGAAGAGCUGCUCAUAGUGAAUCCAGAAAACAAUUCUCUGGCAUUGGUCUACAGAGAUAGAGAAACUCUGAAAUUUGUGAAGCACAUUAACCACCGAAGCCUAGAGCAACAGAAAACCUUCCCAAACAGAAGUGGUUUCUGGGACUUUGCUUUCGUCUAUUAUGAGUAAUAGGACUGGGCAAAGCCAGCAGCGUUCCUCAGUGCUGGGAAGCCUGGGGUCCUCGUGGAGUGCAGGAGGAAAGCGUGCAGGCUGACAGGGCCCUCCGCCAGGCUGUCCUUAGUGGCUGUGCUGCUGCACACCUGUAAUGCAGCCCUGGGGGGCAGAGAGAGGAGGACCUCCAGUUCAAGGUCAGUGUGGGCUAUACAGUGAGACCCCAAAACAAAACAAAUCUUGGACAUCCCAUUUAUGGAAUUCAUGAUUGUCCUCAACCCAGACAUCGGCCGCCAGCUAUGUACUUAUCCCUUGGUUAUUUUGUUUUGUUUUUUUAAGCCCCCACCCCCACUGAAUUCUUUUGGUUCUGUAGUGACUGCCUCAGCAACUUCUAACUUUGGUGAUUUUUUUUUUUAUUGUGGUAAAAUAUAUAUAACAUAACAUUUAGCAGGAUAACAUUUUUAUUUUUGGGUUUGAGGUUUUUUGUUUUGUUUUUCUUUUGACAGGGUUUUACUAUGUAGCCCAGGCUAGUUCUUAACUACUGAUCCUUCCACCCCAACCUCCAAAUGCUGGAAUUAUAGGAAUGAGCCACCAGGGCCACCAGUUCUUGUAUGUAUGUAUAUAUACAUCUGUGGAGUUGAGCACACUGACAGUGCUCCAGACCAUCCAUCAUUGCCAUCCAUAUCCAAAUGUUUUCUGUCUCCCCAAAGUGAAAUUCCAUGCCCUUUUAAUAGUCUCACUGGCUACUGCCUCUUCUCUAUUAAUUUGACUCUUUGCCUCUUAAGUGAAUCACACAGUAUUUAUCCCUUCAUACUUGGCUUGUUUCACUUAGCACAGAGCCCUCAAGGUUUAUCAGCGUUCCCAGUGAUUUCUUUUUCACUCAUAUGUGGUUGUAGAAACGUGUAUAACCCUGUUCAUGUUGAGUCUGAGCGCUGUGGCUCACUUUCAGUCAUGACACUGCUCCCCACCGUGGGCCGAGUUCCACCCUGACUCUCAGGUUGUAGACUCAGAUGGGUAGUGGGGCUUGGCAAAGGUGUGGCUGAAAACUAACGUGGCCCUGGGAAAUAUGUGGCUGAGAAAGAAGACAGGCUGCUUACUGCCCUACUUAUUUACUCUCAAGUGUCUACUGCGGCGGAUCGCAACCCUUUCACAGAGGUCACAUGUCAGAUAUCCUGCAUAUCAGAUGUUUACAUUACAAUUCAUAACAGUAGCAAAAUUACAGUUAUGAAGUAGCAACAAAAAUAACUUAAUGGUUGGGGGUCAGCACAACAUGAGGACUGUGUUAAGGGGUUGCAGCACUAGGAAGGUGGAGAAGCACUGGUCUGUGCCUUCCAGACCUGGAGCUGUGGCUUCUGUGAGUCUAGCCUGCAGUGACUGUUCCUACAUGCUGCUGGCCAGGUGUAAGCUUGUUGCCUUUUCCUUCUUCCUUUUGAAAGGCUAGCGCUAAGAGGCUGAGUCAGAAUUACAAGAAGCCUUCAUUUCCUUCCAUUCUUUCUCCUGCUCUGCCCCAGGGGCUGUGACACAGCUCUUCCCACUGUGGGGUACGCACAAUGGCUGCCAGAUGUUCUUGCCCCAUCCCACCCCGUGUCUGUCUGCUGCUUUCUCCAUUUCUAACCAUCCUUGCAGGUGUCAGUGUGGACUUUACUUAUUAAUAGAAAAGCACUGGACCUUUAAAUUUCUCCUUCACACUUCUUUUUCAUGUCUUAAAUAAAACUCCAUCCAAAUACCAUCUUAUUGGGAUUAUAUUGCUAGCAAUCCAUGGAGUCUGCUUAAUGAUCAAAGGAAUUUAUUUGGGGGUUAACUCACAAGACAGAAUAAAGGAAUUUGUCGCAAGAUCCUGGAAGGGUGAGGCACGGUCCAAUGCUGUUCUCUGGAGAGCUUUGCCCUGGUCUGUCCCAGCAUCCAAAACCAUGAGGUAGUGAAGAGAGAGCCAAGUACAAGCAUCCCAGGUCUUAAAGGUAACACACACAAACACACACAGAGCGGCCAUGCCCCAGGGGCAUGUACCUCAAGGUCAUAGGCAGGUGUACCAGUUACCUGCUACCUCACUAGGGGCAGUGCUUCAGGGCAUGGCUCAAACAGCUCCCACUACAUCAUCUGUCUUUUACAUUGAUGGGCUUCAGUUUGUUUUCUUUGCCCCAUUGAGUAAAACACAUUUAACACUCAUAGCUGUAGCCUAAUGGAUACUUACAAGUUUUUAGGUGUUCUGAUAUUAAUCAUAAAACAAAGUAAUUUUUAAAUAAUGAGAUGAGAA